ACAUUGGCGAGCUGACACUAUCACUAGUGCGACCAGCCUUAUGUCUGGAACCAUCAAGGGAUCCCUGACCCGCGUGCUGUGGCUUCCGAUCGUGGUGCCAGUAUGUGUGACGCGGAUACUUUAGAGAAGACCCAGGCUCCAUCAGAUGGCGAGCAUGUUGCGAGGACUACCACACCAAAGUUACGCCGCAUUUCUGGCUCGGAGAAUAUGUCUGGCAGUCUCAGAGUGGUGAAUGUAUCUCCGGAUCUGAACUCAAGAGAACAACGCGAAGACGAACAGCUGAUAAGCUCACCAAUUGCUGGACCGAGAUCACCGAGUGUGUUCGAUAUACCCGAGGAGUCACACGAUGAGCUCUACACUAAUAGCACAGAAGUGGCCGACACGAGAGACUCAACCGAAGAGCGGGACUCUUACAACUUGAAGCCUCCGCCUCCCAUCCGACCUCGCCAACUCAAUAAUGAGCUCGAAGCCUUGUCAGAACGAUUCUUCUCUGCUGACCAUCUGGACCUGAUUCUCAAGGACUACGCCCUCACUGUGCGAUUCAAGCAAUUUCUGAAGACUUACAGACCUGCAUAUAUCGAUGUUUUGAAAGACUACAUUGAAGCCAAGAAGGCUAUUGCAGCAAUUGAAUAUGCCAACGCCGUGGCCAAUCGCCUGCAAUCACCAGCGACCUAUUCACCACUCCGGACAGCUCGACUAGACGAACGAUUCGAAACGCAGACAAAGCAGAAAGAACAGACAUUGGUCGAAGAGGCCUUACCAGCUUACCUUACGCAUCGACUAGUGUGUCUCGUCACCGACACACUAGUCAAAGAAAUCACCGGAAACAGCGCCCCAAUCAUGCACGAACUAAUCCCAUCUUUGGCUGAAGUUUACUGUAUUUCCGAUCCCAGUGUCCAAGACAACCCUAUCGUGUACGCCUCCGAGGAAUUCUACAAUAUCACGCAAUAUACCAAAGAAUUCGCCAUCGGCCGCAACUGCAGAUUCCUCCAAGGUCCCAAAUCUUCAGACACAACAGUCGCAAGACUCAUACAAGCUUUGACGAAAGGAGAAGAAUGUACCGAGACGAUCCUGAACUACAAACGAGACGGCACACCAUUCAUGAAUCUCCUGAUGAUCGCCCCUCUAUACGACAACAAAGGCGCUGUACGGUACUUCCUAGGCUGUCAAAUCGACGUUUCAUCUCUUAUUGAAAAUGGCAGAGGAGUAGAGUCAUUUGCUCAACUUCUCGCUCAAUACGGGACAGAAGCCCUGAAUGGGAGUUUCUCUGCAUCACGGAAAAGUGCAAGACGGGAUCCGAUGGCGAUAUUAAGCGAUUGGGGCCAACUUCUUACAGAAGAAGAAGCCGAAAUCGUGAAGAACAGAGCACAACAAAAGACCAGAAGUAGAGUCCCAUCUGAAACGGGCGGAAUAGGAUCCAUGACAUCUUCUUCAAAAGUUCUGCUUAAUCGAACCGGAUCAAAAUCCAGCCGUAUAAUUCUCGGAAUGGAAGAUUCAACUUCUGCUACGGAAAGACACCUCUGGCCCGCAGCAAACCUCGGUCCUUCUGGACGACUCCCCGGCGUGUAUCAAAGCUAUCUACUCGUUCGCCCUUAUCCUUCUCUACGCAUAACAUUCACAUCCCCCUCUCUACGAAUCCCAGGCCUAAUCCAAACAAAAUUCCUCGAUCGAAUCGGCGGACCAAUUUCAGUUCGAGAAGGACUUCUGGAUGCUUUGACUCGUGGCACGGGCGUUACGGCGAAAGUCAAUUGGCUUACUUCGAAUUCUAGUGCGGAAAUGGAAGGUAGGAGGACACGUUGGUUGCAUUGUACUCCGCUGUUUGGCUCGGAUGAUCGUGUUGGUGUCUGGAUGGUGGUUGUUUGCGAGGACGAGUCGGCAAUUUUGACGGGGAGUUUGAGUAGAGCUGGGUCGUCGAGUACUAGAGGUGGAGGAGCGCAAGACUUCACGAGUAGUAAGCUUUACGCGGACUAUCUCAAACGUGAAGGCCGAGAGAGCAGACCAAUGACGGCGCGUACGAACGAGACGAAGGAUAGUUUUGCGGCGCCGGGUGAUGGCGAUGACGGGAUUGGAUCCCUCAAUCAUCAUUUUCGAGACUUUUGACAUAAUGUAGUCGCAUCUUUGCGGCGACGAGAUGGUAAAGGCAGAGGCUAGCGAGCAGCAUAGUUGCGUGGUGCGGCAACUGACGAUGUGAAUCUCACAUUCGCCUAAAUAAUAACAGGGAGUACCCAGCCUUAAGCCCGCUCACCAUAAGAGCUUAAAA